UUAUAUCAUUGGCUUUCCAUUGUAGUUGUCAUUGUGCAGCUUGUUUUCUUGGUCCUGCUUACUUCAUUCUGCAUUAGUUGAAAUAAAUCUUCCAGUGCUUCUCUAUAGGUUAUAGUCAUCAUUUCUUGCAGCAUAGUAAUAUUCCAUUCAUGGACCACAGUUUGUUUAAUGGUAGGCAUCCACUUUGUUUCUAGUUCUUUGCCAUCACAAAAACUUCUGCUAAAAAUAUGUAGUGUAUGUAGAGACUUUCCUUUUGUGUCAAUGACUGAAUAUGCCUAGUAGUGGUCAAAAUCUAUAGACACUUUAGUCUUUAACUAGCAUUUGCAGGGAUUAUUGACCUGGCAGGGUCCAUGAACUUUUUUUAAAAAACAAUUGAUAAUGCAGCUAAAAAUUGUAAUUCAAUAUUAUUGGUUUCCUUUGUGAUUCUGUGGAUUUUGUUUUAUAUAUUUAAAAAUAUUAUUCUGAGUUAGGGACCACAGGUUUACCAGACUGCCCAAGGGGACCACGAUACAUAAAGAUUUAAAAACCCUACUCUAAAGACCUUUCCAACAAUUACAUUCUAGUUCCUAAGUUGUUACCUAGUUUUCUGUGUUCUAAGGCCCCUCCCACUGUUAACAUUCUAUGUUCUAGGUUGCUAUACUAACAUUUGAAGCUCUAAGGCCCCUCCUACUGUUAACAUUCUAGUUUCUCUAAGUUGCUACAGAGUAUACAAUGUGCCAAGGUCUUUCCCAGCCUUGCCACCCUAGAGUUUACAGAGCGAGAUGUCAAAGCGUCCGCUCCCCUCCGGCUCCUCUCCUCUUGCGUUGUGGGGAGGGGAGAGGCAGGCAGGGCUCCCCCUGAGGGCUCCCGCGUAGGAGGAAGCCUGGCCGGCCACACUUCCCAUCAGGAGCAGAGGACCGCCACACUUCCUGUUGAUUCUUCCCCUGGCAGGAGCCCGGGCUGCGGGGGAGGAGCUUGGGAAGGGAGGGAGGGGUGACUACGAGCAGGCUGGCAGGCAGGCCGACUGGGCACCGAGGGGUGGGCUCCACUGUCCAGCCGCGGGCACUGAGUGUCUGAGCCCAGGGAGGCUCCGAGACAGCCCCCGCCGCUGGUGCGCUGGGGAGAGCAUCCCAGCCCCCGCCGCCGCCGCUGGACGCUGGCUCCGGGUCCGGCAGCCACAGCUGGGAGCCCUACGUGUCACUGCGAGCAGCUGCAGCGGCGGCUGCCGCGGCCCGCCCGGAGACGGACAGCACCCGGGCAGCAGCCCGAGCAAGCACCAUGCCGGCUGUGGACAAGCUGCUGCUAGAGGAGGCGUUGCAGGACAGCCCCCAGACUCGUUCCUUACUGAGUGUCUUUGAAGAAGAUGCAGGGACCCUCACAGACUAUACAAACCAGUUGCUGCAGGCCAUGCAGCGAGUUUAUGGAGCCCAGAAUGAGAUGUGCUUAGCCACCCAGCAACUUUCCAAGCAAUUACUGGCUUAUGAGAAACAGAAUUUUGCUCUUGGCAAAGGAGAUGAAGAAGUCAUAACUACCCUCCACUAUUUUUCCAAGGUGGUAGAUGAGCUUAACCUCCUCCAUACAGAGCUGACGAAGCAACUGGCAGACACAAUGGUGCUUCCCAUCAUACAGUUUCGAGAGAAAGAUCUCACAGAAGUCAGCACCUUAAAGGAUCUCUUUGGCCUCGCUAGCAAUGAACAUGACUUGUCCAUGGCAAAGUACAGCCGGCUACCAAAAAAAAGAGAAAAUGAAAAGGUGAAGUCCGAGGUUGCAAAAGAAGUGGCCACAGCCCGAAGGAAGCAGCAUCUGUCAUCCCUCCAGUACUAUUGUGCCCUGAAUGCUCUUCAGUACAGGAAGAGGGUUGCGAUGAUGGAGCCCAUGUUAGGAUAUGCCCAAGGACAGAUAAACUUUUUUAAGAAAGGAGCUGAGAUGUUUUCCAAAAGGAUGGACAGCUUUUUAUCUACCACCAGAAGCAUGGUUCAAAGCAUACAGGAGGAAUCUGAGGCUGAGAUCGAAAAGAUGCGGCUGUCCCAGCAAGAGCUGCUUUCUGUCGAUGAAUCUGUUUACACCCCAGAUUUUGACGUCGCUGCGCCAGCCAUCAACAGGAACCUCAUCCAGAAGGCUGGUUACCUCAAUCUCAGAAACAAAACUGGCCUGGUCACCACCACGUGGGAGAGGCUAUACUUCUUCACUCAAGGUGGGAACCUCAUGUGCCAGCCUCGGGGCGCUGUUGCCGGCGGUUUGAUCCAGGACCUGGAUAACUGUUCUGUCAUGGCCGUGGACUGCGAGGACCGGCGCUACUGUUUCCAGAUCACGACCCCGACUGGAAAACUGGGGAUCACCCUUCAAGCUGAAAGCAAAAAGGAAAAUGAGGAGUGGAUAUGUGCAAUCAACAACAUCUCCAGGCAGAUCUACCUGACUGACAACCCUGAGGCCGUGGCCAUCAAGUUGAAUCAGACAGCCCUCCAGGCAGUGACGCCAAUCACAAGCUUUGGGAAAAAGCAGGACCCCUCACGCUCAAGCCAGAACCGGAAGCAUUCAGCUUUAGAAAAUGACAAGGUGGUCCCUAACACACCAGCUAAAGUCCCUGAUGCCAACCAGUUAAUCAUACCUGGAACACCAAUUCAAUUUGAUAUCGUCCUUCCUGCUACUGAAUUCCUGGAUCAGAAUCGAGGUGGCAGGCGUACAAACCCGUUUGGUGAAUCCGCAGAUGAAAAGCAGCCCGAGGAGGAUUCACUGUUGCAGCAAAUGUUUAUAGUUCGGUUUUUAGGAUCCAUGGCCGUCAAAACCGACAGCACUAGCGAGGUGAUUUAUGAAGCCAUGAGACAAGUGUUGGCUGCCCGUGCAAUCCAUAACAUCUUCCGAAUGACAGAAUCUCAUCUGAUGGUCACCAGCAAAACUCUGAGGCUGAUCGACCCUCAAACCCAAGUGACAAGGGCCAGCUUUGAACUCACCAGCGUCACACAGUUUGCGGCCCAUCAAGAAAAUAAGAGAUUAGUUGGUUUUGUCGUGCGUGUUCCUGAGUCUGAUGGAGAAGAAUCCCUGAGCACAUAUGUGUUUGAGAGCAACACAGAGGGAGAAAAGAUCUGUUAUGCUAUUAGCUUGGGUAAAGAAAUUAUUGAGGCUCAGAAGGACCCAGAAGCACUGGCUCAGCUGAUGCUCUCCAUGCCACUGACCAACGAUGGAAAGUUUGUGUUACUGAAUGACCAGCCAGAUAGUGAAGAUGGAAACCCAAAUGAAAAUAAAGGCGCUGAGUCCGAAGCCUAAGCUCAUUUCUGCUGGUGGUGAAGGUACUGGGGAGCCUCCUCGACGCGGGUUCUUGGCGUUUCUCCCUGCUGGGCAGUUUCUGUAUUCUGACAAUCACUGGCAGAAUGUUUCAUCCAAGCCUUGGUGCUGUGAGACCGAGAAGGAUGACAGUGAGAAAGGUUGACGAUGUCUCAUUUCUGCCGAGUUGAAAAUAUUUUAGGUACUUUAGAGCAAAGUCCUUUUCCCUGUUUGUAUCAUACAGUUCUGAAUGAAGGUUGAGGGAAAAAAAUGCACUGUUUGCUUUAUUUUUAAAUGAAGUCAACGCCUCUCUCCCCAGUUCCUAGCGUCUUUCUAAGUGUGGCAGUAGCCGAGAUUUACAAUUUGAUAAACACUAAAUGUUUCCUAUUAAUAUAAUCUAUUUUUGUACUUUA